AUGUGCAAGAUGAAGGUGUUUCUGUCUCUUCUGUUGGCUGCUGUCACUUGCAUGGAUUUGGGACACUCCUUGCAGUGUUACACGUGCAAGGAUUUGACUCCAGUUGAGGAGUGCAUGAGAAUCGAGAACUGCACAGAGUCGGAGAACAUAUGCAAGACUACGAUCUAUUCCCGGGAGGAUGUUUAUCCCGCCCCGGAAGUCUCGACUGUCACCAAGAUGUGCUCCUCCGUCUGCGAACCCUCCGACGUGGAUGGCAUCGGGAUGACACAUCCUGUCAGCUGCUGCUACUCCGACCUGUGCAACUUCGACGGCGCAGCGAGUUUGGGGAUCAGCGUUGUGCCAGUUCUGGCAUGUUCCCUCUGUGCCUUUUUCUGGACUAGACUGUGA